UUUCACUUAAAAACGACAUACGCAACUCGACAUUGUUGAGAGCAGUGCUGGAGGCCACACCAUCCUUACAAAGUGGCGUGUGGAAUGCUUUGCCGCUUCCACAUCUACCCGUGGGCAUCCGAUCCUCUUUUUCCCGCCGAUCGGCUUAAAAACACGGGGCACGGGGCACGGACAGCGACGCGUCGCUCCGGAAGUUCCGGACGACCGGGCAACCCCGACGGGGCUGCGACCCCAUUGACCCGGCGAUGCGACGCGACGCUUGCUGGUCGCUCGCGGUCCGAAAAUCCUCAUCCUUUUUUUCUUCCUUCUGUCCUGGCUUUCCCCUCGCCCAGCGCAUUCCAUCGCGCCGAGCGAGAACCAGCAAAUCAGACGCCUGGAAUUUCCAAUUACGUAAGGCUUUGCGUCAUUUUGCUCCCUCCCGACGCGCCGAGAGCGUUUCAGCGGUGGGCCGCAAAGGAGCAAUACCGAGCUCGGAAUAGCCUCCUGAGACGUCUUUUCUGCACCGGAAAAGCCUCUACCGACACGGGAAAGGACUCAGGGCCAAGCCCAACAUCUGUAGGGAUAGAUGCAAAUGAUGUGGGGUGUUUCAAGGGCGGGAAGAGGUGUCGAAGAGGGCAAACCCGGGCGAUCCAUGCUUGGCCAGCAAUGACAAAAACACCUCCUUUUACUGGCUCCGCCAAUAUACGGCUCCGAAACUCCGUAUUGUAGUAAUCGCGCGCUUUGCGGUGGGGACUCGAAUUAGGGUGGUGUAAAAGUGUGAUCUCGAAAACCGAACAGUAUCAGCGUGGUGUUGAACAAACUAAUACUUAUAACAUCGUUCAUUUCCCCUAUUUCUAGCGUUUCGGUGCUGUUUCCAUUUUUCUCUAUCCCCUUUCUGUUUUUUCCCUUCCUUCUAUCCUUUCUUUCUCUUUUCCCUUGCUUCUUUUUUUUCCUUUCUGCUUUCUCCAACAGAUUGUUCACUAAUAAAUACACUCAAGAUGUUGUCUGCUAGAUCAAUCUCCAGAAUCCCAAGAACUCGUGGUUUGGCCACAGUCUCUGGUUUAACCAAGGAUUCUAAGGUUCACAUGAACAACCAUGAAGACCACACCUUCAUCAACUACAAGAACAAUGUCAAGAACU